AAUGAUUUCAAGAUAAGUUUCUAAAUGAGUACAUAUAUUAUACCAGUACCUGUAAAGUGAUAUGCACUACAUGUAUGAUAUAAGAGGAAGGAUUAAAUUGACAUAUAGAAACAGUUGAUAUACUUUACUUGGUAAAUAUAGAUCGUUAAAAAGACUUAUUGAUUGUUAUCUAAUCUCUAAGCAAUGAAGCCGUUUGCUGUUGUUAAAAGAUGAUCAUUUUCGAUGUUACAUGCACAGUCAUCGAACAGAAAGGAAUCUUCAAACAUGAAAGAAUAUCGUCGACCUUCAUUGUCUGUUAUCGAUGAAAAGGGAAGUGACGAUGAUUUCGUUAUACCAGCCAUUAAAGUUUCAAGUUGUGACGAUCUAGAUCAGAACAGAAACGAACGAUUUAGUUCAUUAAAUGGACUUUUAUCUACUUUUCACUCAGAAGGAGAUACAUUAAAACCAGGUAGUGAUCUGAUAAAGAAACACAGUGACUCGUUUCAGUUCGGUUGUGAUUCGGGAAAAUCCGGAAGUGAGUCCGAUUUGUCCCGAUUAAAAAAUACCGCACACCGACUAAACUUGGGAACUAGAAGACCUAGUUUCAUUGAGUGGCAGGAAAAAUAUAUGAACCGAUCAAGACGUCGGUCGAAACCAGAACUGGUGACAGACCCCGAUUUAAGUGGAACGGAUACUUUAACUGUAGAACGUAAAGAAAAAAUUAAUCAAGCUUUGGACUGGCUACGGGAGGAACUUCAUGAAAUGAGAUCACAAGACCAAGAAUUAGCACGAACAUUAUUAACAUUGCGACAGGAUAUUAAUCAGUUAAAAUUAAAAAGAAGUUAUGAAGAACACAAGGACAUGUUAGAGGGCGUGAAAUGUGAUAUGGAGGAUGUCCAGGAGAUGAAAGACAUUUGCGAUCUACCAAUCGAUACACCGGAAAAUCCACUCAAAAGACUUGGGGUCACGCCCAUGAAUAUAUCAUCAAGACGAUUUUCCAUAUUUUAGUCAAACUUAAACCUAUUGUUAUUUACAGCCGUAGGUUGGUGAACCACCGUCUGCAGGCCUCGUCCAAUGUGAUAUAUGUAGAUAGUUAAUAAUUAUACCCGAAAGAUUGUUAUCGCAGCUGUAGAAAAAAAAACAUCUUAAAAUGUUAGUGAAAAGAUCUUCAAAUUAUGCGACUAGCAGUUAUUCAUUAAAACAAAACCAUAAUUAUUCCCGACCGGUGUAAAGUUUAUCACAGUCCUUCCGCGGGGCUCGAUUUUACGAUGUCGAUGGCAAUUGGUAUUGAUGUUUUAUUCUUAUAACUUAUUUAUAUAACUUUGAAUUGAGAUCAGACAAAGUAAUCAGAUGUUUCAAAUCUCUUGGUCGGCGAUUAUUAGUAAAAACAUAUACUCCGACCUUCUUGUAGAACUUAGUAUGUACAAUUUAAUAUCGCCUUAACGCUUUCAAGAAGAUAUAUAAGAUGUAAGGCGUGUACAUCGACCUUUAGGAAUAUGUAUUAAAAGGGUAGUUUCACUUCUUUUCACAUUUUCUGGACGCCUCACGGACUAAUUAGCCAGGGGCAUACAUAUAUUUCAUGCAUAUUCUAGACGAAAAGCAAACUUUAUACGAAAAUAAAUUGGAUUUCAGUGUAUCAGAUAGAUUAAUUGUUUGAUUGUUACUGGAACAAAAAGAAGGCAUGUUGGUUGAGGUAAGAAAUUAUGCUUUGCAGCAUGCAUCUCAAGCAUCUCCCACGAGAAGACGUUUUUUUAAAUUUCUAAACUUGGAAGUGUCAAUCGGAAUAUAUGUCCCUGUUCUGACUUGACCUGGCUUGGGUUUUAUACUGUAUAAAGCCUAGCUGAUGCAUAAAAAUCUAAGCUUUCACAGUUACACAGGGCUAACUUGAGAAUGUGAAUAUAAAAUUAUUCGAGCUUUUCCAGUCCGUUUAUAAGAUGUGUAUGUUAAGCCAGUUAAGCUAUAUGUUUGAGACGUACAUAAGAACGAAGUUAUGACUGUCAUUGUUUGGCUUCAUGUCAAGAAACAUGCGAUUGUUAAGUCAAUUCAUAAGUGCCCAUGGAUUUUUUUCUUAAAAGUGAAAUAUCGAAGUGAUUUAAUGUUAUGAAUAAACUUCUUGACUCCAUAUGAUACACAUGUUAUACUAAAUAAAGCAUUUAUUCUAGA